CUUGACGUCAACAAACAUGGAGGAGUAUGCCCGUGAGCCUUGGCUGCUGCUGGCCACGCCCCCAACUCAACGGUCACACUCGCACAUGAAAAUGGCUGAAAACACACGCGCACUUUUAAGGACGCACAUCUUUAAAAAGCAUUAAAAUGCCGCAGGUGUUUUCUAAAUGCCCCUGGAGGAUAGUGGAUGACUGUGGAGGGGCUUUCACCAUGGGUGCAAUCGGUGGAGGCGUUUUCCAAGCAGUGAAGGGCUUUCGAAAUGCUCCGGCUGGUGUUGGACAUAGACUCAGAGGAAGUGUAAAUGCAGUGAGAGUAAGAGCUCCUCAGAUUGGAGGUAGCUUUGCUGUCUGGGGAGGCCUUUUCUCCACAAUCGACUGUGGUUUAGUUCGCCUGAGAGGAAAGGAGGAUCCGUGGAACUCCAUCACCAGUGGCGCCCUGACCGGCGCCAUCCUGGCAGCACGCAGUGAGAGAAAACUACGCAGCCAUCGCCUCUCAAUGGCCGCUGUAAUACAUGCCACUGAGUGGCUGCUGUGUUUUUCUUUAGGUGGUCCGCUAACGAUGAUGGGCUCUGCAAUGAUGGGGGGAAUCCUGCUGGCGCUCAUUGAGGGCUUUGGUAUUCUCCUGACUAGAUACACAGCACAGCAGUUUCAAAACCCUUUGCCGUUUACAGAAGACCCCAGUCAGCUCCCUCCGAAGGACGGAGAGCAGCAGCAGAAAACUAAGGGAUUGUUUCACUAGAUACCUUCUGCAGACACAGUGAGUCCCACCGCAGCGUAACGGAGCGACAUCACUGCUAAGAGGACUUUGAAAAGUAGAUGCACUUUGUUGAAACACCUCAGGGUCAAAUGUUGUGAUUUAGUGUUUAAGAAUGAAUUUUGACAUGUAAGAAUCCUUCAGAUAAACAUUUUGUUGUCUUCUGGAGAACGUUUUGUUUGUUUUGUGUCAUUCCUGUAGUCUCUUCUCCGUAUGGAUUUAUUUAUGUGACAUAUUUAUGCUACAAAUAUUGCAUCUUUCUUGAAUUACUGAGCGUUCUCCAGCUGAUUUUAUUACUAUCCGGUUUUUAGUACAUUUACAGAGCUGACCUAUGAAUAAAAAACAUUUUACAGAUUAUCUGGAAAAAUAAAGUAGCAGCCUUUUUUUCAUUCAAGCAAAUACUGUGAAAGAUGCACAUUUUACAUUUACAGCUUUCUGGCAUUUCACCAGGAAGCUUGUUCAGUAAUAUUCAAACAAACUUUACAGGAAAUUGGUUUGGAAAAUGCCAGAACAUUCUGCUGAGCGUUCUAUUUCUGCAGCUCAUGUUUCCAAAGGUCUGUUUCUAAAUCUGGAGCGAGCAGACAGUGAGCUGCUCACACUUUAAACCGGAUCCGUUAACAAUUACAUUAACGAGCUGAUGUUAACAGAGAAAAGUAUUAAUACCUUUUUUCUACAUUUUGUUAUGUUACAAACUUUAAUGUUCUUAUUUUUUUUGAAAAGUAGCUCAAGUUCAGAGAGACUAAAACGAUCUUGCCUCACAUCAAACCAACAUGUCUUUACAACGGCAUUAGGGCCACGAUAAGACAAUAUAAAAACUAAAAUCACGAGAAUAAAGUCAGAAUAUUACAAAAAUUAACUCAUACGAGAAUAAAGUAAUAUAGAUAGAACAAUGUCGGUAUUACGCAAAUAAAGUCUCAUAGUAUUAUUUUAUUAUUUUUCUUUAUUCCCAUAUUAUUUUGACUUUAUCCUCAUAAUAUUUUUUAAUUAUUCUCAGAAUGUUUUUAAUCUAUUCUUGCAAUAUUGUUACUUUAUUCUCGUAAUUUUAUUUUUUCAUUUUAAAUUUUUCCUCACUAAGGCCCUGGUACUCUGUCGUACCUCUUAGAUUUUUUAUUUUAACGUACAAAGAAAAUUUAAAGCCAUUUAUCCUUUUCCUUCUGCUUCACAUAUAUCCACUGUUAUGUGUUUGGCUAUUGCUUAAAAACCUAAUAAAAUACAUCAACAAUUAGGUUUGUAACAAAACAAAAAAGUAAAAAAGUUAAAGGGUAUAAAUACUUUAACAAGACGCUGCAUGUGAAGGAUUUAAAACAAAUCAAGGAAUCAUCUUUCUGAACUGAUUUAAGCACCAAAUUCAGUGUUUUGUGAUUUCGCGUCUUAUUUGUUCAGCAGGUUUUAUUAUAAAUUACUUAUUGUUUUAUUAUGUUUUAUUAUUAUUGAUUUGACUCUUUUGUUUUCUGUACACCAAUGUCAGUGAUCGAUGCUAAUGAUCGUCUGUGUUAAAAUUAUGCCAGCAUCAUUUCACUCUGCGCAGUGAAACAUCGUGUUGCAAUAAGGAAAAAUCAACGUUGAUGUUUCUUAAAGCAGGUUAGUUAAUCCGCCGUUUUAUCCGUCAACCAACCCAGUGAUUUUAUCUAACAAGGGCCAAAACAAUGAAAUGUUUCACAUGUAAACUCUGUAUAGAAAAAUUAAAAGUUUAUUUUAUCAGAAUAUAUUUAUUGUGUAAAAAUUUAAUAAAGACUUGAGAUGUUAAAG